AUGUCUCAACAAUCCAACUCUUCUCCUUCCAAGAACAUGCCUUGUUCUCCUAGCGCUGAACCAAGCAACCCUAACAGAGAAGAUCCUGUUGCUGACUCUGUGAAUACCCCACAUGCAAGAAGACCUAAAGAAACUGUACCAGGCUUCUCCUCAUCCAUCGUUCUUGAGGAACGAACCAAAGAAGGUUCUAGGUAUGUUCACAAUGCCAUUGCCACUAUAGUGACUGGAAUACUGUCUGGAAAUCAUGAUGUCCCUGGGGUUUCCAUUCCCUUAAACACUAUUGAACCUGAUAGUGUUGCUGAUCAAGAAAAUACUGAGUCUUUAGGAAAGAAUAUCUCUGAUGAUGUUGAGCAAACUGAUGCUCAUAAGGAGUCAAAUGUUGACAAACCCUUAGAUAAUAUGGCUGGUGAGGAAGUUCAUGUCACUCAUGAUGUCAGUGACAACCCUAACUGUGAGGCUGAAACAGUAGACCUGGAGGAAUUUUCUGAUAAUGAGCUGUGGAAAUAUGUUUAUCAGAAGAGGCUGGCUUUGGAAAGGGAAUUAGCUCAGAAUGUCCUAGACUGUAAGGAUAUUAUGGAUCUUAUUCAAGAGGCUGGUUUAAUGAAGAAUGUGACUCAGUUUUCAAAGUGCUAUGAGAUGUUGGUAAAGGAAUUUAUUGUUAAUUUGUCUGAAGAAUAUGCUGAUGGCAAGUCUAAGGAAUUCAGGAAAGUGUAUGUGAGAGGCAAGUGUGUAAAUUUCUCUCCUUCAGUGAUCAACAAGUAUUUGGGAAGGCCUGAUGAAGCUCAACCUGAGUUUGAGGUGACAGACAACAAAAUCUGUCAAGUCAUCACUACUAAUCAGUUUCCAAACAUCUUAACUGAGAAUGAUUCUGUGAAGAAAAGAGACAACCCUAUGUUUUUCAAUCAUAAGUUGUUCCUAGGUACCCAUGUCCCUGACAUUGUCAUUACAUCAGGUGAGACAUCACGUGUAAGCAAUCAGCUAGGUAAAGCUUCUGUCAUUGCAAUGUUCAAAGAAACCUGCAGGGAAUUAGAGGCAAGGAAGCUGAACUUGGAAAAAUUGAUUAGCUCUUUGGAGAUGACUGAAGGUGAUGUGCUAGCUGAUGGUGGAGAAUUUGGUGAAGCUGCUGCUGUUGCAGAAGAAGCUGAAAGACAAGGUGAAGAGGGAGAAGCAGAUGCCAGUCCUGAUGAUGGCACAAAUGAUGAUGCUGACUCUGAUUCAGAUGACUAG